AUGAUCAAAAGGGCAGCAGAUGGAAGUGUUGUGAAAAAAGAAAAUUUAACAUGGACAGAUCAUAUGGAUAAUGUUCUAGUUGAAGCUCUUGUAAAGGAAGAUGAUAUAGGUAAUCGGGUGAAUGCUACAUUCACUUCGCAAACAUAUGUGAACAUGAUUGCAGGGUUGAGUAAACAGUUUAACAAGUCUAUUAUAAAAGAUCAACUUAAAAACAGAAUGAAAACUUUAAAAAGUAAUUUUAGUAAAUGGUAUGAUAUGUAUCGGGGUACUUCGUUGAGUGGGUUCUCAUGGAAUUCUCAAACAAAAAACAUCGAAGCAGAGGAGGAAGUAUGA